AUUGUCCUGUUUGAUCCUUAUUACCUCUUUCUUGCCGCCUGUGUUUUCCUCUGCUUCUCUUCGUUCAGACUACGGCUUGUUUGCGCUCUCAUUUUUACAGCAGGCGCAUCGUGCCAACUGCUGGCUCUUACCUUGUCGCCAUCAUACAAAUAGCACGUCAGUGUCGAUUCCCUAGAUAGGACCACGUCGACAACCCCAGCCCACCCGCCGUUCACAUACCACACCUACCCACCAUGGCGACACCAGCAGCCACCAAGCGCCUUACCAGAGAGUAUGCCACCAUUUCAAAAUCCCCACCGCCCUACAUUACCGCACAUCCCUCGGACCGAAACAUCCUCGAGUGGCACUACAUUAUCACCGGCCCGCCAGACACGCCGUACGAGGGCGGCCAGUACUGGGGCACCCUCAACUUCCCACCAGACUAUCCCUUCGCCCCGCCUGCCAUUCGCAUGCACACACCCUCUGGCCGCUUUCAGCCCAGCAGCCGGUUGUGCCUGAGUAUAUCCGACUUUCACCCCAAGAGCUUCAAUCCCGCCUGGGAAGUCAGCACCAUUCUCACUGGCCUGCUGAGUUUCAUGACGAGCGAGGAGAUGACGACGGGUAGUGUCCGCGCAUCCGACGCAGAGCGUAAACUCUUUGCACAGCGCACGAGGUGGUGGAACAGUACAGGUGGUGGCACAAAGGCGAUCGGCUCGGGCAACGCGGCCGGCGGUCAAAACGGCAACAUCAGGGCAGGCGACGGCGGUGCCAAGUUUCGGCACGAGUGGCCUGACAUAGACGAAGAGAACCUUAGGUGGAUGAAGGAAAAGCGCAUUGAUCCUGCCACGGGUUUACCCCGGCCCGCUCCUUCACCCGCACAGCACCCACCUUGCUCGCCGGACGUCUCGGGCCUGCGACGGCGACCCGGUACCAGCGCAACGGUCGUCCAGGACGCUGCACAGAUAGCACGGGACGCCGGUCAGAGUUGGUUGAGCCGCAACAAAUGGAGGAUCAUCCUUGGCACAAUGAUGCUCUACAUUCUGGUGGCGAGGGUCCUAGGUGAUGGCGCAAUCGCCUCUCCUGCUUAAAACAUCCCUCUCUUUCAAUACACCAACCUGGUAGCGCAAGCGAAACCCAGGGACAUAUAUCUAGCGCAACAGAUUCAGCCAGAAAGGUCACGAUACAUUUUGUAGAUGGAGGUAUUAUCUAUUUGGCGUUGGGGGUGUUGGUCAUACCCAAGCGACAAGUUUUGUCGGCAGCAGGAGAGCGACACCACGGCUCCCAAGGGUUUCUUCUUCUUAUUCUUCCUUCAUCUUCUCUCCCCCGAUCAUCAUUUUAUGCUCUCACCUUUUUUUUUAAAUCUAAUAAACAUGCCGUAGAGUAGUCACACCAAUCAUGAUAUUAUUCAGA